AUGGAAAACCACAAGAAUGUGCUGGCGCAGUCUUGUGGGAUUAUGCAAAACCUGAGCUGCAAGCACUGUGAUGAGGGCUUCAGCCUGUUUACAGACUGUGUUCUUGUCCCCAGGCACCUCAAAGAUGCAUGCACCAAUUGCUACUACAAUAGUAGUGAAUAUCAUUGUUCAUUUCAUCUGGAUGCAAAGAAGAGAAAGCACAGCAAGGCUGCUACAACCACCACCACCACCACCAACAACACUGACAUCAAGAAGUCCAUGGAGGCUGAAAAUCCAACUGCCAAAAAGGCAAAGAAGUUAGAGCAGGAGGAACAGGUGGCUCAAAAGAUGUUCACUGUCAUACAGACAGCAACAAUGGCAGCAACAGCUCAUGCUGAGAUGCAACAGGUUCUUGCAGCCUUCUUGAAAAUGAGUCAGACAGCAGCCAUUGCAGCUGCAAAAGCCUCAUCUGCCCUGGCCACUGUCCUGGACAUAGUGACAGCAGAAUAUACUGAAAAGGCCAGUUAUGAAGGUAUUGAGGGGGGGAAGAAGAGGAAAGGGACAGCAGAAAGAAGAAUAUAA